CGUCCCUCCGCCUGGCUCGGGGCCCUGGAAGCCGAGUCCCUCCAGCCAGCGCCCCACCCAGAGCCCCACGUGUGCUGACCCCAGGUUCUCGUCCCGACCCCCAUCCCCUUAAUUGGGAGGCCCCGCCCCGUGCGCAGUGACGUCGGACGCCGCUGUCAGCCGGCGCUGGGGGGGGGGUUCGGUGUGGGGUAGAAUGGCCGCUGCCGCCGUCACCCGCGGGACCCCGGGAGCACAGACUCCCCCUCCCCCCGGCCCCUCAGGCCGGGGGUGACCUUGCCCCCUGGAGCCCUCACCAUGAAUACCAAGGACACCACCGAGGUUGCUGAGAACAGCCACCACCUGAAGAUCUUUCUACCCAAGAAGCUGCUGGAGUGUCUUCCUCGCUGUGCGCUGCUGCCUCCAGAGCGGCUACGGUGGAAUACAAAUGAGGAGAUUGCAUCCUACUUGAUCACCUUCGAGAAGCAUGAUGAGUGGCUAUCCUGUGCACCCAAGACAAGGCCUCAGAAUGGCUCUAUUAUCCUCUACAACCGCAAGAAGGUGAAAUACCGGAAGGAUGGUUACCUCUGGAAGAAGCGGAAGGACGGGAAGACCACCCGAGAGGACCACAUGAAGCUGAAGGUCCAGGGCAUGGAGCCUGUCUCCUGGCAGUGUCUCUAUGGCUGCUACGUUCACUCUUCCAUCGUCCCCACAUUCCAUCGGCGCUGCUACUGGCUGCUCCAGAACCCUGACAUCGUCCUUGUGCACUACCUGAACGUCCCAGCCCUGGAGGAUUGUGGAAAGGGCUGCAGCCCCAUCUUUUGUUCCAUCAGCAGCGACCGUCGAGAGUGGCUCAGGUGGUCCCGGGAGGAGCUGUUGGGACAGCUGAAGCCCAUGUUUCAUGGCAUCAAGUGGAGCUGUGGGAACGGGACAGAGGAGUUCUCUGUAGAGCAGCUGGUGCAGCAGAUCCUGGACACCCACCCGACCAAGCCUGCACCCCGAACUCACGCCUGUCUCUGCAGUGGGGGCCUUGGUUCUGGGAGCCUUACCCACAAAUGCAGCAGCACGAAACACCGCAUCAUCUCUCCCAAAGUGGAGCCCCGAGCUUUAACCCUGACCUCUGUCCCCCAUCCCCAUCCCCCUGAACCCCCUCCACUGAUAGCCCCACUUCCCCCAGAGCUCCCCAAGGCACAUACCUCCCCAUCUUCUUCUUCCUCUUCCUCCUCUUCCUCCGGCUUUGCGGAACCCCUAGAGAUCAGACCUAGCCCUCCCACCUCCCGAGGGGGUUCUUCGACAGGAGGCACCGCUAUCCUCCUCCUGACGGGACUGGAGCAGCGAACUGGGGGCUUGACGCCCACCAGGCACUUGGCUCCCCAGGCUGAUCCUAGGCCUUCCAUGAGCUUGGCUGUAGUCGUAGGCUCUGAGCCCUCUGCCCCACCAGCUCCUCCCAGCCCUGCCUUUGACCCGGAUCGUUUUCUCAACAGCCCACAGAGGGGCCAGACAUAUGGAGGAGGGCAGGGGGUAAGCCCAGACUUCCCUGAGACAGAGGCUGCGCAUACCCCCUGUCCUGCCCUAGAGCCCGCUGCUGCCCUGGAGCCCCAGGCAGCUGCUCGGGGUCCCCCUCCACAGCCCAGAGCAGGCGGGAGAAGAGGAAACUGCUUCUUCAUUCAAGAUGAUGACAGUGGGGAGGAGCUCAAGGCCCAGGGGGCUGCCCCACCUGUACCUUCACCCCCUCCUUCACCCGCACCCUCACCUGCCCCCUUGGAGCCAUCGGGCAGAGUAGGAAGAGGGGAGGCCUUGUUUGGAGGAGCUGGUGGGGCCAGUGAACUGGAGCCCUUCAGUCUUUCAUCAUUCCCUGACCUCAUGGGAGAACUCAUCAGUGACGAAGCUCCGAGUGGCCCUGCCCCAGCCCCCCAGCUGUCUCCUGCUCUUAGCACCAUCACAGACUUCUCCCCAGAGUGGUCCUACCCUGAGGGUGGGGUCAAGGUGCUCAUCACAGGACCUUGGACAGAGGCUGCCGAGCAUUACUCCUGCGUCUUCGAUCACAUCGCAGUGCCAGCCUCCCUUGUCCAGCCUGGUGUCUUACGCUGCUACUGUCCCGCCCAUGAGGUUGGGCUGGUGUCUUUGCAGGUGGCAGGGCGGGAGGGACCCCUUUCUGCUUCUGUGCUCUUUGAGUAUCGAGCCCGCCGAUUCCUGUCACUGCCUAGUACUCAGCUUGACUGGUUGUCACUGGACGACAACCAGUUCCGGAUGUCCAUCCUGGAGCGACUGGAGCAGAUGGAGAAGCGGAUGGCAGAGAUUGCAGCAGCUGGGCAGGCCCCCUACCAGGGUCCUGAUGCCCCUCCAAUUCAGGAUGAAGGCCAGGGGCCCGGGUUCGAGGCACGGGUGGUAGUCUUGGUAGAGAGCAUGAUCCCACGCUCCACCUGGAGGGGUCCUGAACGUCUGGCCCAUGGAAGCCCCUUCCGGGGCAUGAGCCUGCUGCACCUGGCCGCUGCCCAGGGCUACGCCCGCCUCAUCGAGACCCUGAGCCAGUGGCGGAGUGUGGAGACCGGAAGCUUGGACUUAGAGCAAGAAGUUGACCCACUCAACGUGGACCAUUUCUCUUGCACUCCUCUGAUGUGGGCUUGUGCCCUGGGCCACCUGGAGGCUGCCGUGCUCCUUUUCCGUUGGAACAGACAGGCACUGAGCAUUCCCGACUCUCUGGGCCGCCUGCCCCUGUCCGUGGCUCAUUCCCGGGGUCACGUGCGCCUCGCCCGCUGCCUUGAGGAACUGCAGAGACAGGAAGCUUCAGCUGAGCCCCCGCUUGCCCUGUCGCCGCCCUCCUCCAGCCCAGACACUGGUCUGAGCAGCGUCUCCUCGCCUUCGGAGCUAUCGGAUGGCACUUUCUCCGUCACAUCAGCCUAUUCUAGUGCCCUGGAUGGGAGUCCUCCCCCUGCUCCUCUGCCGACCUCUGAGAUUACUAUGGAGAUGGUCCCAGGCCGGCUCUCCUCUGGUGCCCCAGAGGCCCCCCUACUCCUCAUGGACUAUGAAGCCACCAACCCCAAAGGGCCCCCACCCUCACCGCCUCCUCUCCCACCGGCCCCAGAUGGUGGGGCUGCUCCAGAGGAAACUGACAGCCCACCAGCUGUGGAUGUGAUCCCGGUGGACAUGAUCUCACUGGCCAAGCAGAUCAUCGAAGCCACACCAGAGCGGAUUAAACGGGAGGACUUUGUCGGGCUGCCUGAGGCCGGAGCCCCAAUGCGGGAGCGGACAGGGGCCGUGGGGCUCAGCGAGACCAUGUCCUGGUUGGCCAGCUACCUGGAGAAUGUGGACCAUUUCCCCAGCUCAGCCCCUCCCAGCGAACUGCCCUUUGAGCGGGGUCGCCUGGCUAUCCCUCCGGCACCUUCCUGGGCAGAGUUUCUCUCUGCGUCCGCCAGUGGCAAGAUGGAGAGUGAUUUUGCCCUGCUCACCCUAUCGGAUCACGAGCAGCGGGAACUGUACGAGGCAGCCCGAGUCAUCCAGACGGCCUUCCGAAAGUACAAGGGCCGGCGGCUGAAGGAGCAGCAGGAGGUAGCAGCAGCUGUGAUCCAGCGCUGUUACCGGAAGUACAGGCAGUUUGCACUCUAUAAGAAGAUGACCCAGGCGGCCAUCCUGAUCCAGAGCAAGUUCCGAAGCUACUAUGAACAGAAGCGGUUUCAGCAGAGCCGCCGGGCGGCGGUGCUCAUCCAGCAGCACUACCGUUCCUACCGCCGCCGGCCCGGGCCUCCCCACCGGCCCACGGGCACCCUGCCUGCUCGCAACAAAGGCUCCUUUCUCACCAAGAAGCAGGACCAGGCAGCCCGGAAGAUCAUGAGAUUCCUGCGGCGCUGCCGGCACAGGAUGAGGGAAUUGAAGCAGAACCAGGAGCUGGAAGGGCUUCCCCAACCCGGACUGGCCACCUGACCUCUCCACUGCCUUUCUCAUCACCCUGGGGGCCGCUUCUUGCAGUCUUAACAGGGACAGGGCUCUCUGGGGGAGGGGGAGCCCCCUGUCGGCAGCUUUCCCGUCACUUCUCUUGGAGCCCGUCCUCGGUCUCCACCCCCUCCCCCUCCGAAGUGCUUAACUCCCUUU